AUGUUCGUGGACUCCGAACGAAAGCUGCUGUUUUUUAUAAUGCUAUUUGUAGUUUACAUUUGCAAUGUCUACAUACCACCUGAUAAGCCCAAUGCUGAAUAUGAGCAAUUUUAUGAUGCUAUCUUGUCAUCGCACGUCCUAUUUGAUAGGAAUUUAGUUAUAACAGGGGAUUUCAACAUAGCUAACUACACUUCUUAUGCUAAUAGUCAUGGACGCAACGCAAAAUUGGUAUCGUUGAACAACUUUGCUGAGGGUCUUGCUAUUAAUCAGUUUAACAAUAUUUCAAAUUCUAUGGACAAUACCCUUGAUUUAGUUUUCUGUAGUGGUCUGUGUGAGGUUGAACAUUCGUGGGAUCCGCUGCUAGAUGAAGACCCAUAUCACCCUGCCCUGAAUAUUUGUUGUAAUGUCAACAGCAGUCUCAAUACUAAGCAUAACUUUCCUGUUUCAUUUAUAAAUUCUUAUAAUUUCCGCAAAGCCAACUUCCCGCAAUUAUAUAAUUUAAUUUCAGACAUGGAUUGGGCUGCUUUAGAUGGCUUUCAUGACGCGAAUGAAGCGUGUGAGUUCUUUUAUAAUAAACUGUACAAUGCUUUUGAUACCUGUGUUCCAAAAUAUGUCCGAGCAACGAAACGUAAAUACCCACCCUGGUUCAAUUCAGCAAUAAUUAAGCUUAUCCAACGCAAGGAGAAGAUUCACCGAUCUUAUAGACGCAACAAUGAUCCUAAAACGUAUCAGACAUUCAGGGAACUUAGAUCAAAAAUUAGGAUAGAGUCAGAUGAAGCAUACAAAAUAUAUGUCAGACAAGCUGAGAACGAAAUACAAAGAGAUUCGAAUAAAUUUUGGGGCUUCUUAAAUUCUAAGCGAAAAUCAACAAACUUAUCAAGUAGGAUGAUUUACAAUGGUAAUGAACUUUUGGAACCGAACGACAUUUUAAAUGCUUUUGCGGAUAACUUUUCCAAAUACUACUCGUCUUCGUCAGCCACCGAAGAAACUGAUGACUUUUUAAUGAGCAAUGAACAACCACUCAAUAUUACUAGAUUUGAGGAGCAUGAAGUUGUCUUAGCCUUGAAGCAAAUAAAACCUAAGAUGACUACCGGACCGGAUAAUGUACCAGCUUUUAUUUUGCGUGACUUUGCCUCUGUGUUGGCGUGUCCUUUGACCGUUUUAUUCAACUUGUGCCUUACCACCUGCACAAUUCCAGAACUAUGGAAGUUGUCUAAAAUGGCUGUCCGACCAGAUGAUCCCAAAUUUGAAGAAACUCUGUUACGAUGGAAUGAAGAACUCGGCAAUGAACCUGAUUCAGAUAAUGACGGCACUGACUAUGACGACCAUGUUUCAAUUCAAUCCGACAGGGAGAGCACCUACUCAACGGAUGAUAGUAAAGUAGAGAGUGAGACAGAACAACAACUUCCUGGCAAAGACCAAAAAGGUGCAGCCAAAAAUAUUUCAACGGAAUUAGAGGCAUGGAAGUUAUUUUUUAGCGCGAAUGUUAUAGAUAUUAUGGUGGUGCAUACAAAUAUGGAAAUAGAACGACAAAGAGGGAAAUAUGUUGCUAAUUGUGGCUUUGUUAACGAGACAGACGUUGAAGAGAUCUUGGCUUUGAUAGGACUGCUUUAUAUGACAGGUUGUAGAAAAGACAAUCAUCUAACUACAGCAGAAAUGUGGUCAAAGCAUGGACCAGAAGUGUAUCGAUGCGUAAUGCAUGAAACAAGGUUUAGAUUUUUGAUAUCUUGCCUCAGAUUUGACGACAAAACCAUGAGAGACCGAGAAGAUAAAUUUUCUCCAGUACAGCUCGUUCCUCAAGAGCUUGACCUUAUCUGGAAUUGCAUUAUAAAAGCGAAUUCCGAAGGAAUUUAUACCGUUUCUGGUAGUUGUUGUGGUAAAUUUAAGCUAGCUAGCACGUAUAACGACGGCAGGAUGCUCCUUACGGACGACUACCGUAAGAUCGUUCGCCUAUUCCGAGAGGAAGAAGUGCCCCAUCACACUUUUCCUCUCCCUUCGGAACGGAACAUCCAUGCGGUGGUUCGAGGAGUUCCCGUCAACUUUUCGGAUACUGAGAUUAAGGGAGAACUGGAGCAGAGGGGAUAUAGCCAUCUUCACAUCAUUCGAUUGAAGCGCAGCGGCGGCGCGCCCAUGCCUUUGGUGGUCGUGAUACUGCCCAAGACUGAAAAGUCUCAGCAAGUGUUCAACGAACACGAACUGCUGGGACUGGACAUUCGAGUUGAGGUUCAGAAGAACUCCAGACUCAUUGGUUGCCCACAAAAAAGCAUUGAUUACACUCCAACAGCCAGUGCUGAAGAAGAAACAAUCACCGAAGAAGCAUCUGGAAGUUCAGGACCAGUACUGAAAGCUACCACAAUGAAAGCCGGACCCAGUAAGGAGCCUUCUAAAAAAAAGGAAAACGGAUUAGUGGAAACUGAUGAAGCACGAGAUUUAUCAAUAACAGAGCUCCAACGUCUCGUUUUACUUGAACAAAUACAAGUGUUUCGGCUAGCUAAGGAACUGCUACUUCACAAGAAAAAUAUUAAUGAAUCUGAUCCAAAUUUAUCAACUUUAAAUGAAAGUGCAGAAACUGGCAAUCCAAUUUUCAUGAGCCUAUUUCCAGGACAGAACUGA